AUGGUGGGGUUAGGUCCAAGAAAGCCUCCUUCCCGUAAGGGUUCCAUGGCGGAGGUUCCAAAGAAUUUCUUGGAGCAAAUCAAGAAACUUGAGCAACAGUUCACCGUUGACACCAAAAAGCUCAAGGAGAUCACCGAACAUUUCGUCUCUGAGCUUACUAAAGGUCUCACGGUGGAGGGUGGAAGUAUUCCAAUGAACCCAACAUGGUGUAUGUCUUUCCCAGACGGUUAUGAAACAGGCACUUUCCUCGCCUUGGACAUGGGAGGUACCAACUUGCGUGUCUGUGAGAUCAUUUUGACCGAUGAGAAGUCUGAGUUCGAUAUUAUGCAAUCAAAGUAUCGCAUGCCUGAAGAGCUCAAAACUGGUGAUGCCGAUGAGCUUUGGGAGUAUAUUGCGGAUUGUCUUCAGCAGUUUAUCGAGUCCCAUCACCAGGGCGAGAAGCUUGACAAAUUGAGUCUUGGUUUCACCUUUUCUUACCCAGCUACCCAGAACUACAUUGAUGAGGGUAUUUUGCAAAGAUGGACCAAGGGUUUCGAUAUUGAAGGUGUUGAGGGCGAGAACGUUGUUCCAAUGUUCGAAGCAGCUCUUGCUAAGAGAGGUGUGCCAAUUAAGCUCACUGCUUUGAUCAAUGAUACCACCGGUACUUUGAUCGCUUCCGCAUACACUGAUACAUCCAUGAAGAUUGGAUGUAUCUUUGGAACUGGUUGCAAUGCUGCUUACAUGGAAAAUUGUGGCUCCAUUCCAAAAUUGGCCCACAUGAACCUACCUCCUGACACUCCAAUGGCUAUCAACUGCGAGUGGGGUGCUUUUGACAAUGAACACAAAGUUCUCCCCCGUACUCCAUACGAUAUCAUUAUUGAUAAAGAUUCUCCACGUCCCGGUCAGCAAGCAUUUGAGAAGAUGAUUGCUGGUCUUUACCUUGGAGAACUUUUCAGAUUGGUUCUAGUUGAUCUUCACGACAACAAAGACAUUCACAUCUUUGAGGGUCAGGACAUCGAGAAGCUCCGAAAAGCUUAUACCUUGGACUCUUCUUUCUUAUCCUUGGUUGAGGAGGAUCCAUUCGAGAACUUGUCCGAGACAGCUGACCUGUUCCAAAACAAGCUCGGCAUAGUCACCACUGUUCCAGAACUUGAGCUUAUCCGCCGUCUCGCUGAGUUAAUCGGUACCCGUGCCGCCCGUCUUUCCGCCUGUGGUGUUGCCGCCAUUGCCAAGAAGAAGGGUUAUGAGACCUGCCACGUUGGAGCUGAUGGAUCAGUCUUCAACAAAUACCCUCACUUCAAGGCUCGUGGUGCGGCAGCACUUCGUGAAAUUCUUGAUUGGCCUGCCAAGAAGAGUCCUAAGGAGCAUGAUCCUAUUGAAAUCUUGGCCGCCGAAGAUGGAUCUGGUGUCGGUGCAGCUUUGAUUGCUGCUUUGACCCUCAAGCGUGUUAAGGAAGGUAACAUGGCUGGUAUCUUGCACCCAGAGAACUUCAGAUGA